GAUUAGUAGCUCGUUCCCCCGGAGAGUGUUGUUCUGAUCAAGAUGAUGCUGUUCGUCGUAGCAUCGACGCUGCUAGUGCUAGCUCAAACUGACGCCGGCGGUGUGGCCACAUCGUACAGCGUGAUCCACCACGGUGAACCUCAGGCCCGCGUCCUUCACAAAUCUUCUCAAGUGUUUGCCCCGUCCUCGCACGUCGUCCACAAUGCUCCGCACUUUGCCCCUCUGGUCUCCGCCAAGUAUACCGUCCCAUUCCUGAGUGCCUACAACAAGGCCACCCAGUGCCCGGCUGCACCACUGUGCACCAAGACCCGCUACCGCAACCUGGAUGGAUCGUGUAACAAUCUGCAGAACCCAACCUGGGGUACCCCGAACAACCCGUACGGUCGUCUGCUAACUCCCAAGUACGGUGAUGGCAUCUCCACUCCAACCACCUCGGUCACCGGACAGGAACUGCCCAACUCCCGUCUCAUCUCGCUGGUCGUCUUCGGCGAAGAGGAUGUCCCAGAUCCACAGUUCACCCUGGGCAACAUGCAAUGGGGACAGAUCAUGACGCACGACAUGAGUCUUCAGGCUGGAGGAACCCAGUCCAAGAAACACUCAACGAGAUGUUGUACUGACGAUGGUAAGCUGAUCGGCAAGUCUUCCGCCCCAUCCACCUGUUAUCCAAUCAUCGUACCGGAAAACGAUCCAGCCCACUCCCAAACCGGAACCGAAUGUAUCAACUUUGUCCGUACGCUGACCACCCGCGAUGACCCUUGCACCCAAAAUCACCCAACUGCACCGGCAGAACAGCUCACCACCGUCACCUCGUGGCUGGAUCUGUCCAUGGUAUACGGUAACUCCGAUCAGCAAAACGCCGGGAUUCGUGCCUUCACCGGAGGUCGCAUGGCUACCGUCGAGCGUGACGGCUAUGAAUGGCCACCAAAUAACCCGAACGCCACCACCGACUGCGACGUGGCUUCCCGCGACGAAAUCUGCUAUCUGGCCGGAGAUGCCCGUGUCAACCAGAACCCUGGACUGACCAUCAUGCAAAUCAUGCUGCUCCGUGAGCACAACCGCAUUGCCGAUCAGCUCCAGAAGCACAACCCACACUGGGACGAUGAACUGCUCUUCCAGGAAGCCCGUCGCGUCAACAUUGCCCAGUACAACUACAUCAACUACUACGAAUGGCUCCCGAUCUUCCUCGGCAAGGAGAACAUGCUCAAGAACCGUCUGAUCUACAACGUCAAGGGAGGAGACUACAUCAACGACUACGACCCAACUCAGGAUCCUUCCGUGUUGAACUCGCACUCUACCGCUGCCUUCCGUUACUUCCACUCGCAGAUCGAAGGACGUCUAGAUCUUGUUUCCGAAGUUCGCAAGCCAACCGGUUCCCUCCGUCUGAGCGAUUGGUUCAACCGUCCAUCAAUCCUCGAAGCCGGCAAUAACUACGAUUUCCUUGUCCGAGGUCUUGCCACUCAGCCCGAGGAACUGACCGACAUCAACUUCGACGCCGAAAUUAAGCACUUCCUGUUCCGUCGUGGACGUCCCUUCGGAUCCGAUCUGCGUGCCUUCGACAUCCAGCGUAACCGUGACCACGGUUUGGCCGGCUACAACGAUUACCGUGAGUUCUGCGGCUUCAAGCGUGCUCACUCCUGGGAAGACUUCAUGGACCUGAUCUCGCCACAGGACGUUGCCAAACUGCAGUCCCUGUACGCUAACAUCGACGACGUUGAUCUAACCGUCGGAGGUUCCCUGGAGUCCCAUGUCAACGGUGCCCUGGCCGGUCCAACGUUGCUGUGCAUCCUGACCGAGCAGUUCUACCGUACCCGUGUGGCUGACCGUCACUUCUUCGAACGCGGAGACAAGGAAACCGCCUUCACCCGGGAACAGCUGGCCGAAAUCCGCAAGGCUAGCAUGGCUCGUAUCUUCUGCGACAACGGCAACCACGUCACCUCUAUGCAACCGAAGGCCUUCUGGCGACCAUCGGCCAACAAUCAGAUCGUGCCGUGCUCGCAGAUCCCCGAGGUCGAUAUGGCCAUGUGGAAGGACCUGUCCUACGACAACAGCCUGCACUCGUUCCACUACUUCCACAACUUCAAGAAAUAAGCUAAACAGAACUGAAGAGAUAUUAUUACAUGCUUUACUACCUAGCGAACCAUGCUCAAAGCUGCGUAGAUUAUUCCUAUGAUGCCAGAUUGUUUGCAGUUUUCCACCGCUAUUUCCUAUUCCCCUAUACAUACUCCCAGUAGAAAUCGCCUGAUUUUGUUUUCUGAUUGUUUAUAACCGUGUGUGAUACAGAAUUUGAACUGUUUAUUUCUUACCUAGCGGAUGUGACAACACACAACUUCCACUUCAUUUGCACGCGACUGUUUUGCAAAUUGUCUAAAGAAAAAAAAAAGAAAUCGAAAUCCGCAUAUAUUGGAACCUAUUGUUUGCCAUAAUGAUAUUGUGAGUGCAAUUGUAAGCGCGCAAAAGAAACUAAACAAAACGAAACUAAACAAAAACACAGAACAGCGGCUACACGAACGGACGGACGCACACAUGGAACAACAUUGGAAAGAAGUAGCCCCCCGAAGUAGACGCCAAUGCUAAUAGAAAAAAAUAUAUAUAUUACAGUAGGCGAUCAUUAUAAAUGAAAAAACAAAAACCAUAGAGAAAUUAGCAACAAACAAAACAAACGAUACAAACCCAGCCCCGCGUUGAUGUAGAAAGAGAUACAACCUAUACAAGCUAGUUAAUAGUAGUGCUAUGUUUUGUUUAGACUUAUUUAAUGUAUAGAUGAAAAAAGUGUACAUGUUAAAAUGUAACGCAUGUUUUGUUGUGAAUAAAUAAAUAAUUUAAGAAAAA